GAAUAAGUUGUUGGCCUUAAUUUAUUUAUGAAAAAACAGAAAACAAAAACAUAACCGAAACAGGAGCAAAGGCGUUUCCCUUACAAAUUCCGAGGUUUGUUUGAAAGGGGAAUUGAAUCAGAUGGUUGGAAUGUUUGAGAACAAUUAGUUAUUCUAAAUCAAUACAGCGGAUGGAGAGACUGAAGACUUUUCCAAACAAAAAAUUUAACUUUAAUGAUAAUGAUAAUGUGCUGAUACAAUUUCCUGCUCGAAGCAGUUUUAUCUGCAUCGCUUGCAUUUUCAGCUCCUGUAUACUUCUCUACAGCAUUGCCGAUUCGCUCCGGUUCCUCCCUGUCUCUGUCUCCAGUUCUUCCUCUGCUUUCCCUUCCAUUUUCCCAUCUGCCAUCGACACCGAUUCUCCUCUAGUUAGUGAGGAAUAUAUGCUGGAAAAAGUUCUGAAGAAUGCUGCUAUGGAAGACAACACUGUGAUAUUAACAACUUUGAACGAAGCAUGGGCGGCCCCUAAUUCAGUCCUUGAUCUUUUCCUUGAGAGCUUUAGAAUCGGAUAUGGAACACGAAGACUUUUGAAUCACUUGGUGAUUAUCGCUUUUGAUCUAAAAGCAUUUGAACGUUGUUUGGUUGUUCAUAGGCACUGCUUUGCUCUUUUAACUGAUGGAGUGGAUUUUCAUCAUGAGGCAUACUUUAUGAGUGAUGAUUAUUUGAAGAUGAUGUGGCGAAGGAUUGAUUUCCUACGCACUGUUCUUGAGAUGGGCUUCAAUUUUGUCUUCACGGAUGCUGAUGUCAUGUGGUUCAGAAAUCCAUUUCCCCGAUUUUAUUCAGAUGCAGAUUUUCAGAUUGCCUGCGACCACUUUCUGGGGACAUCUGAUGAUCUACAAAACAGACCCAAUGGUGGGUUUAAGCAUGUAAAGUCCAAUAAUCGUUCAAUAGAGUUUUACAAAUUCUGGUACUCUUCGAGGGAAACUUAUCCUGGAUCUCAUGACCAGGACGUCCUAAACAAUAUCAAGUUUGAUCCUUCAGUUACCAAUAUUGGACUGAAGAUCAAAUUCUUGGAUACCUCUUAUUUUGGUGGACUAUGUGAACCUAGUGAUGAUUUUAAUGUAGUUUGUACAAUGCAUGCAAAUUGCUGCUAUGGUUUGGAUAGCAAACUUCAAGAUCUGAGAAUUAUGCUUCAGGAUUGGAAGAGUUAUUUAUCGUUACCUCCUACUUUGAAAAGAUCAGUGAUUUUGUCCUGGAGAGUCCCAAACAGUUGCAAUCUUGAUUCUCUCCCUCGUUAUGAUUCACCAAAUACGAGUCAACCAGAAGGGAAGAAAUGAUCAGACUGAUUUGUAUUUAAACACAAAAUUCAGAAUCAGGCAAGCAAAAGGGUAAGGUUUCUGCUAAUGGAGCAUCUCAAUGAUGACUUGCAUUUGUUUACUCUGCAUGUCACCUUAACUGCUUCUUUCCUUUGUUUCUUUCUUAAACAAUGGAAAUAUAAUCUGGGCCAAAAGGUUUAUUCCCACUCAAAGUUUACUCUUUUCCCAAGUUCUCACCCAUUAUCUUUCAAAAAUUCAAAUACCCACUUAUAAGCUGUUAAAGUUAACAAAAUUUGUAAGUUUUAAUGGUAAAAUUAUCAUUUGACCAAUGAUAUUUAAAAAAAAAAAAAACUUUAUCUUGUUUUCUCUCAUAAACCCUAAAAAUGAACAAUUUUCUCUAAACUUAGAUUUUGAAAAGUUACAUUUUUCCCUUAUUAGGUUUAAGGUUUCUCCAACAACAAACUCUCUCCCUUCUCCGGUGACUUCUCCCUCUAGCGAUGCACUCUCUCCCUUCUCCAACAACAAAUGUCUUUGUUUGAGAUGAAGACGUUGUCUCUUCUUCUCAAACAAAGACAUUCAUCAUUAGAGAAAUGAGAGAGUUUAUCGUCGGAAAAACUCUAAACCUAGCAAGGGGGAAAUGUAACUUUUUAAAAUCAUAUGCUUGAGGGAAAUUGUUAAUUUUUAAGAUUUAGGAGGAAAAAUGAAAUAAAAUUUAAAAAUUAACGGAUUUGAUUAAUUUUAACAACCCAUGUAUGUGUAUUUGAGUUUUUUAAAAAUAAUGGGUGGGAACUUGGAAAAAGAGUAAACUUUAGAUGGGAAUAAGUCCUUCGGCCUAUUAUCUGAAACUGUAAUAUUAAGGAAGGUGGUGAAUACACUAGUUGUGAUAUAUACUUUAUCUGAAAAACAAUUGUUUGAAUUUCUUUUGAGAAUAGUUGUACUGAUUUUCCUUUGUUUCAACCUUUUAGUGAAUUGGAUUGGUUCUAUGUUGCUUGGAAGGCAUUGGCUGAUACAAUAAAUUCAGAAAAUUGUAGGC